AAGGUAUCACCCUGAUAAACGAUGGAUAUACCAACAAACAGACAGGAUAAAGACAAUCAAUAUUGCAUUUUAUUGGGUAGAAUGUGCAUAACUCCAGUCUUCAAAUGGCCGUUUUCAACAUGAAAUUGACCACAGUUUAAUUGAUGCUGCAUUCAGCCUGCCUAACUGAUGAUGCCUUUGCUAUAUGAAACUGAUUUGAAUGAUCUUUAUCAGGCUUAUCUCCAGCCCUCCCUCCUCUGUCCUCUCCUGCUGUCUUGCUCCCUCCUGUCACAGCAAGUGCUGUCAAUAAUUGAUGAGCAGCACUGACUAAAGGGUAACAGGUCCACAGCUGAAAACUGUCUUGUUUAUGUUUCUCUUGCUAUCUUUCUUUAAAAAAAUGCCUUUGGAUAUCUGACUGCAGGUGUGUGACUGCUUAUCCAUCCACUGUGCCAGUUUGCCUCCAUAUCAAGUGAGCACUGAGUGUGUGUAUACAGGCAUAUGUGUACAGUAGCCUACAAUCGUCACAUGCACCUUUCUCUCUCUCUCCCUCUCUCUCUCUGUGUGUGGCAAACAGCGGUUUAAGCGCCCUGUCAGUCUUUUCAUAGAGCAGGAUAGAGGGAAGGAAGUGAAUAGAGAUGAGAUGAGAGGCAGGCUCAGGGAGAGGAAGGAGGCAGAUCAGGCAACACUGACACACGAGGGGGAGAGGAAAAGCAGGCAGCUAAUACAGGCAGGUUGAUUUGAUGCCAUUGCUGUCUAACUCGAUGGCAAGUUAACUGGAUACGGACAUAGACACAUUAACACACACACACAAUUCUACACAUACAGAAACUACUCUGAGUAAUGGACAGAGAUGGAAGGAAUGAGAAGUUUUUCUCCAGAAAGAGAAGUUUCACAUUUGGCGCUUAUGGAGGGGUUGACAAAUUUAUUGGUGAAAAUGAGUCCUGUCCAGAAUCCGUGGAACACAAUAUUGUGGAUGUCUUGGACACACUACCCAGUGAGACCAAACCAGUUUUAGCAGCCACUUCAACACAGAAGGUGACAGAACUUUUUGAGAUCAUUGCAAAGCUACAGGGCAGUAGGCUGGAUGAACAGCGGUGUGAGUUUCCAACUUCUCUCAGGCUACUGAGAAUAGGAGGUGCCUUACCACUCCUCCUGCCUCCCAAGUCCGGGGGUUACUGGGUUGACCCCCCCUUGCAGAGGUGUGUUGAGACCAGUCCCACGUGUUCCCAGAAUGCAUUUGGCCUGGAGAGCUACGACAUCAUGGAGAGGGACAAUGAGGCGAAGAUCUACCAGCAGUUUUUCAGGCACAGAUACCAUCACUCAUUCACAGCUUCAGACAGCUCCAUGGGACCCCUCGUCCUGUCUGUGUGUCUAGAGGAGGAAGAGAAGCGGCUCCGGGUCAUCUUGAGACUGAAAGAAUGUUCUUUGCAUGGAACCUUCUCGGUGUCACUGUUCCAGCAGCUGCCCACAGCUGUGGAGUUGGCCAGGAUGCUUUGUGAGAAUGUGACCGUGUCCAGAUUUGAAACAGUCAGCUACCUGAAGGCCCCAGAACUCAUCACUGCAUUUGAUGAGCACAGGGUGUCUCAUAACUUCAAGUUUGGCAUCUUAUAUCAGAAGGAAGGGCAGCUGACGGAGGAGGAUAUUUUUAGCAACAACAUGGAGAGUGAGGAGUUUGUGGACUUCCUCUCGAUUCUCGGACAGACAGUGAAGCUGAGGGGAUUCACAGGAUUCCGAGGAGGCUUGGAUGUGUCACAUGGGCAGACAGGAAGUGAGGCGGUGUUUACUUCCUUUCAUGGGAGGGAGAUCAUGUUCCACGUGGCCACCAAACUGCCAUUCACAAACGGAGAUGUGCAGCAGUUGCAGAGAAAGAGGCACAUUGGGAAUGAUAUUGUCGCUCUGGUCUACCAGGAGGGAAACACACCGUUCAUCCCAGAUGUGAUCAGCUCCCACUUCCUUCACUGUUUCAUCGCUGUGAGGAGGGUGAAGCGAGGCCCAGAGGGGAGGGGAGAAGACGGGGGGGCCUUCCAGGUAGCGGUCACUGCACGAGAGGACGUCCCACCCUUUGGCCCACCGCUUCCAUCUCCACCUGUUUUCACCGAGGGCUCAGUUCUAAGAGAGUUCCUCUUGACCAAACUCAUCAAUGCGGAGAUCUCCUCCUAUAAGGCUGACAGGUUCAGCAGAUUAGAGCUGCGCACCCGCUCCUCACUCUUAGUGGGGUUGCAUUCUGAACUGUCCACCCGCUCCCAGUGUAUGCUGGGAGAGCCACCGCCACCUACUCUCUCCGUCAGCGAGGGAGGCAAAGGUGCCCCAGAGGGAGGUGGGGGUUUCAUCGAAAACUUCAAGAGAGCGAUCAGGGUCCGGAGUCACUCCUUCGACACCCUGGGAACACCAAAGAGGGCUGGUGGUCCUGCGCCCACCAAAUCUAAGGCUCUAUUUAACAACCUGGGCAGCAUUACAGAGACAUUGGCCUCUGAAGGUUUUCAUCGAGCUUCGGCCUUUAACCUAUCAGAAGCUCAGAAGAGCUCAAAGACAGGGCCUGGGAACUCGUGGAUGCAGACGAACACAUCAGAAAAGGACAUAGACAGUGAACCAAGCCAAAGUUCAACAGGAACUGCUCCUCAGCUCACCGACAGCCUCCUAUCUCCUGGGCAGACUAGCCCUCAAGAGGAAACAUAGAGAGGAAGCACGAGCUCUGCCCAUGAAGAGUACAGAUACAUUUAUGUAAAGAUGCAUAACCUGGAAGAGAUUAAACUUGACCGUAGGCACUGGACUGAAAGGAUCUUAUGGAGGUGUAACCUGUUGGACUCUCUAUUUAUGUCUGAGUAACUGUAAGCUAUGUUUUUAGAAGCCUACCUACCUGCACUCUGUGAAUAACUUAUCUUCCUGUAAACUGAAACCGAGGAAUGAAGUGCUUUUUGAGCACUCUUCAAGUGCAAUAUCACUUUAUGGUUGUUGGUGAAUAUUAAGUGUUGUUGGUGAAUAUUAAGUUGGAUGAAGAUACAGCCAUGUCGUGUUAUUGUAAUAAAG